AUGAGUACUCUUACUAAUGCUUUCGCACUCUUGGCAGAUCAACAAGGCAAAGAUGCUACCAGCAUUAUAGCACUCAAGACUGCUGAGUUACAGAAGAUUGCUGAGAAGAACAAGAAGAUUGCCGCGGAAAAGAAGAAAGCCGAAGCCAAGAUUAAGAAUAAGAAGAACAAGGCAAAGGGCGAAAUCGGAGAUGGGCAAGCUAAUGAAGAGCACAAGACAAUUGAUGAGCAUUCGGGUAUUCGGGUUGCUAGAGAGGAGGAGAAGGAAGAGGAAGCACGAAGAUUGCUUGCUAUGGACAAGGAGAAGAAAGAAGAGGAAGCACGACGUAGAGACAAGGAAAAGAAGGAAGAGGAAGCACGACGUAGAGAAUGUUGGCUAGCUAGGCAGGCCGAACUUGCUAGAGAACGUGAAGAACGACGGCUUGCUAGGGAAGCCCAACUUGCUAGACAAGCAGAACGUGAAGAACAAAGGCUUGCUAGGGAAGCGGAACUUGCUAGACAACGCCAAGAACGAUGGCUUGCUAGGGAAGCCGAACUUGCUAGACAAGCAGAGCGUAGAGCAAGAAGUGCUGCUAGAGAGGCAGAACGUGAAGAACGACGCCUGGCUAAGGAAGAGGAGAGAAAGAGAGAGAUACAAGAGCGGAGAAGGAAGGAGAUGGCGAUGAAGACUUUGCGAGAGUAUGAGGAGGAGAAGAAGGCCUUUGAGAAGCAAAAGGCCGACAAGGAGAUUUUGAACUUGAAAGAAGAACCCCUGAAGAAGGAUAGCAAUAUUAAAAAGCACGGGAAGGUUCGUAAGGCAAUGAACAUUGAGGAAUUCUUGAAGCUCCCAACAGGAGGAGAAGGCUCGGAAGGUCAAGACGGGGGCAACCAAGAAUCUGCAUCAUCUGAUGAGAAUAAUAGUAUCAAGGUGAAGGCAGGGCAUGCUCCUGAUUUUAGUGAUGAGGAGAGUUUUCCCCUACUUGGUCAAGUCUCAAAGCCAGCAAAAGUUUACUGA